AUGAAGCUGCAGAGCAACAUCUCGUAUCAGAUGGCAGACAUCCAUCGGCUGAAGGAACAACUGGCAGAAUUACGUCAGGAAUUCAUUCGCCAGGAAGAUCAGCUGCACGAGUACAAGAAGAACAAUACUUACCUUACAAGGAGGCUGGAGUAUGAUAGUCUGCAGUGUGGGCAGCAAAUCAAGGAAAUGAGACUGCAACAUGAAGAAAACAUAAAGAAAUUAAUGGACCAAGUUGUGCGGGAACAAAAGGCCACACAAAAAAUUCAAUCAAGUAAAGACACUGAAGUAAGUCCCGACAAUGAUGACCAGGCAAUAUCUAAGACUGUUCCAGAGGCAGAAUAUAAAAACACAGUCAAGAAUGAGCAGCCUUCAGACCAUGUUGUAAACGGCAAAGAGAAAGUCAAACCAGGAGGAGAUGCAGGCAUGCCUGAAAUAGAAGAUAAUGACCCUGCUAAAGCUGAAGAUACUCCCACUGCUUUAAAGAAGCCACUUAUUUCAGCUCCUAAAACUGAAGGUCAUCAGCCUGUUGUAAAUCUUCCAACUGAACAGCCCCCUGCUCCAAAUCUGGCACCAGGUUUGCACAGUGACAACGAUGGAAACGCUGACAUUGCGAAGCAGAUACCUCCAAAUUCUCUCCAGCACUUAAAUUUCGAAGAAAACGUGGAAAAUCAGAAAGAACACAAAAUUGACACGGAGCACAUACAAAUUCCAAAGAGCAGAGUUAGUGACUUGCAGAGGAUGAAGCAAAGCCGAUUCUUUGAUGAGAAUGAAUCCCCUGUUGAUCCGCAGCAGGGUUCUAAACUGGCAGAUUAUAAUGGGGAUGAUGGUAACGUGGGUGAGUAUGAGGCAGACAAACAGGCCGAGCUGGCUUACAAUGAGGAAGAGGAUGGUGAUGGUGGAGAAGAAGACGUCCAAGAUGAUGAAGAAAGAGAUCUGCAAAAUGACCUCGAUUAUGGCAAGCCACGCUUAAGUGACAGUGUUCUGUAA